AUGGAGGCAGACGCAGUCGAGCUGGAGACAGAGUCCCUCAAGGUCUCACUCUUGCAGCUACAGCAGUCUGUCAAGGUAAGAGCGUCGCCUAGCUUCGACACGGCUGCUCUCGACCAGCAUGCUAGCCUGCUCGCCAUCUCAAAUCGAUACAGUCACGCGGCGCUCCUGAACGCACAGUCCGGCCUGAGUCUCGUCAAGUUGGAUCAGCUCAGGCACGCAUUCACUGCUGCAGCACGCAACUCCACCCCGACGCUAGCAGGCUGCCUCAACGUGCCCCUGCCUCAAGCGACACAGUACCAGAGCAUCCACUUCGCCUCGCAGGAGAGCAGGCUGCUUCUUGCUAGUGCGGACGGACAAGUCUCUGUCUGGCAGACGGAUCAGCUCUUACAACCUCAAGCACGCCUCGAGCCAGCACAGACUUUCACAGCAACGCCAGACUCGAGCUCGCUCGUCGAGCUCAUACCCAAUCCAGAUGCACGACCCGAACUCGUCGCGUCCAUCUCGUCCACUGGCCUGCUGUCGAUCUUCAACCUGGACACGCAGAGCUUCAUAGCUUCCAUCGACCAAGCUGCGCUGUGUGCGUGCUGGUCCGUCAAGGGCAAGCAGAUCGUCUGCGGCACACAAUCCGGCCAAUUGCUUCAAUACACGCCCGAAGGCGAACACAAAGCAACGAUACCCAAGCCAGCAGCACUCGCAGACAGCUUAGCAAUCGAUGUCCAAUGGAUCGAGAACACCGUCUACCUGGUCACAUAUGCCUCUGCCCCAACGCCAGACGACGAUCCGACAAGCUUCGUUCCCCUCACAGAUGUCUAUGCCGUCUCUCUCGUAGCAGGCGUAGAGCCGACCUAUACCCGCUUUCUGGAUCCUGUUCAGGCUUUCGGUCUAUGGGAUGCCAGGCGGCCGCGACGGUUCAGCGAGCGGCUGAAAAACUGGCAGCCACUCAAACACUGGCUCUUCAUGGCUAGUGCAGCUUGCUCAGAGCUAGGAUGCAUUGCACAGAUCCAGUCCCCCGACGGACAAUUUCAAUGGGCGGCGCUGCAGAUAGAAGAAUCCCAAAGACCCGCCUUGCCCAUCUCCGAUGCAACCUCUGAAGAUACCUUUCCAGUCGGUCUGGCUUUAGACCUCACUGCGACAGAUGAGCUACCACCCAUCAACGUAGAGUCCCAGCCGAGACCGCCCAUGCCGAUACUGUAUGCCUUUACGAGCGAUGGCUGUCUCUCUGCCUGGCACCUCAUCAGCGAGCAAGGAGGCCGAUACGCAGGUCUCGUGGUCCCAGGCGCAGCACAAGCGCCACCGCCAACAGUACCUGCUCCAUCGACUACGGCAUUCGCAGGCUUUGGCGCGCCUGCGGUCUCCAAACCCGCCUUCGGUGCGCCUUCCGCCUUUGGGGCUCCUUCGGGUCUGGGCGCCUCUGCUUUUGGCGUGAAGCCGGCCUUUGGCCAACCUGCUCAGCCUAGCGCUUCUCCUUUUGGUCCUUUCAGCUCGUCAGGGAGCAAGCCGACUGGCUUUGCCUCUUUCGGUGCUGCUGCCCCAGCUUCUUUUGGCUCGAUAGCCCCAACACCUGCAUCGGCUACUCCAGCUGCAUUCGGAUCCUCUGCCUUUACUGCCAUGCGAGAUAGCUCUGAUACUUCCGGGGCGAUGCUGGAAGACACCAGGUCAGGCACGCCAGUAUCCGCGUCUAAUCCACCUGCUACCACUUUUGCGCCUUCUCCGUUUGGAGCGUCGACUGCUACACCUGCAGCAUUCGGCAAACCAGCCACUGCGCCCACACCUUUCGGCGCAUCCCCAUUCGGCACACCCUCAGGGAGCAGUCCAUUCGGCAUACCCGCGUCAUCGGCAUUUGGUUUGCGGACGACGAGCUCGCCGGGUGCAAGCGGCACGCCUGCUUUCGGCUCGACGACCAAGCCUGCUGUACCCUCAUUUGGACAGAUGAGUACACCAUCUGCGCCUGUCUUUGGUCAAUCGACCACUCCAAGUAGCCCGUCGCCCUUUGGCGCACCAAAAGCUUUCGUUCAGCCAGCCGGUGCCUCACCUUUCGGUGCAAGCACGCCAGCUCCCAAGCCCGCUUCCGUCGGCUUUGGCUUCGGUAGCUCGUUUGGACAAUCUGCUGCGACUGGCGCAAGUCCAUUCGGCAAGUCUGGAUCGGGCUUCCCUGGAUUUGGUCAAUCGAUAGGCUCGCCCAGCAGCUCCUCACAUGCUGCCGCGCAAGAGCUUGCUAAAGCGAAGGUUGUCCCUCAAUCUGCGGACGUAGAUUCGCUCAGUUUCGGAGGCCUUGCGGUCGAGAAGCUGGCUCCACCGCCAACAAAGGAAGCAAGACCCUCAGCUAUCAGCGUGCCCGCACCGAUCUCACCGGCCUCUGCGUCUCCUGAGCCCAGUGUUGUAGCAUCGUCCAGCGUCUCACUCGAUUUGGGUUCAGCUCAUGCAUCGGCCUCCGCUUCGCCUAAGGCAAAGCCUGAAGCAGCGCCGAGCCCUACGUCUAUGUCUCCUGCGCCCGCGCCUCCUGCUCCUUUGCCGCAGGGCACACCGACCGACAAAAUGACAGCGCCUCUGUUCGCACCGAUGCCACCUGCACCGAUACCGCAGACUAAGACUGUUGAGAAAGCCUCAAGUCUCUUCGCGCCACCGCCGCCCGCACCAAUCCCACAAGUCAAGCCAAUAGCUCAGUCCACGCCUGCUGCUGAGUCCAAAUCACUUUUCGCGCCUCCACCACCGAUGCCGAUCCCUCAGAACAAGUCGCUCGCAAAGGUCGAGCUGCCAACGCCGCCAAAAGCUCUACCGACCACAAAUCCAGACAGGCCUCAAGUCGCCCAGCGUGUGUCAGCUGCACCGCUACCCCCGGCGCCCCUUCCUCCUGCGCCUUUGCCAAUCAAGCAGACUGCGUCUGCCUCUACCCCCUUGCCACCUGCACCCUUACCGCAGGCAGCGACUGUACCAAAGCAGCCAUCUAUCGCUGCGCCACCGUCGCCUAUCGCUCAGAAGCCGGCAAGUUCUGCAUCGCCUUUUGCAAGUAAGGGCGACGUAAAACCAGCUGGCAGCCUAUUCCCAAACCUUGGCGGCUUCCAGCCAAAGACGAGCUCUCCCUUGGCGAGUCCAAAUCCUGAUGCUGCGCCCGGCGUGCCUCGCACUACACCUGGCUUCUCUUUCGCGAAGGAAGCUGCACGCAGCGCGUCCUCGCCGGCAAACUUGUUCGCUGCAAAGACUGCGCCUGCCCUGUCCUUUGCCGCACCCGAGCCUCAGGCUGCCCGCCCCAAGACGCCAACUUCUCAGAUCAUCAGUACCAAGGCACCCGUCAAAGCAAAGGCAGAGUCACCAUUGACUAAGCUCACAGCGCCGAAGCUCGAUGGUGUGCCACCCAACGUGUCCACGGCGCAAGGCGGAGAAUCCGGCAUUUCCCAGGAGUUCCUCAAGAUCCACCAGAUCAUGGAGACCGAGUUCAAGCUGCUGCGCGAGAAUAGUCGCAUUUGUGUUGACUUUCUGGCAGAUCUCAAGGCGCCGAUGCAACCGAGCGUGACCGAUGCUGCAAGGGCGAGUCUGCAGGCAAGCGAUUGGAGUUUCGGAGAUCUCGAACAACUCUCGCGGCUCUGCGCAGCGCUCGAGGAAGACGUGCAGUCUCACAAGACCAAGACGCACGCUCAGAAAGCUGCGGCUGCGCAAAUUCAGAGCGAUAUAUUCAAAACCGAAGUCAAGCGCGAGGAAUGCGCUCGUUUCAUCCGAUCUAAGAGCGAUCCUGGCUUUGCCAAGAUGGUGCGCGUCCGUCAGCUUGGCCCGGAGCAGCUAGAAAAUCAGCGCACGAUUCGCGAAGCAAGCGACAAAGCUCGCUCGACGAUAGAAAUGCUCGAGGAGCAGCUUGAUGCCAUCAAGACAAAGGUCUCGACCGCAUCUCGAUCCAGCCUGAAAGCGCCGCCACUCGACAACAUAGCUCGAAGCGCGCGCAAUCUCAGUACGGCAACGAUCUCGGUCAAUAACAGCUUGGACGAGCUGGCAAUCCGAUUUGACAUGCUCCGCCUCACGCUGCAGAAACGGCCGCAGAGCAAAGGACCGACGUCUGGUGAUCACCAUAGUAAAUUCGACGAGUCUGUCUUAGCGACCAAAGAUGAACCAGAUCUCGCAGCGACACGCGCAGCGACCGAGGAAAGGUUGGAGAGACAUCGCGUUGCGCUCGAGGCAAUCAGUAGCACGCUCCGCACGCCAGGCAGAACACCACUUUUUACGGAUGCGUCUGUCAAACAAACUGCAGAGUCUAUGAACACACUGGACACUGCCGAUCUGCAGCUCGCAUUUUCUCGUGGCCCGAUUACGAAGUUACCACAGCCCCAGAAGACUCGUCGGGAGGCAGCGCCUCCAACAUUCGCCGGCUUUGGCACGCCUGUAGGAACAUCGACGCCUAAGGCGCCGCCCAACACAAUCGCAGCCCCUUCUCUGAUACAAUUCAACAUACCCACUGCGUCGCCAUCGUCAUCAGACGAUGUUGCCUCUACGCCUACGUCCCGGCGGGCGCGACCCCAUGAGAAACUUCAUGCUCAUUCACCAGCCGUGGCGCGGCCCAUACGACCGCAAGGCACUGUCCCGCCGGCGCCUAGCUCCUUCUCCUGGGGGCCGCUCCCGCCGGCCUCGCAAUCUCAACGACCUGAUCACAGCUUCCAUGGCUUGCAGGCGCCCUUACCCCUCGAUCCGGCAGAUCGUACUAUCGCGCCUGAAGGUGAAGAGAGUGACGAGGAAGAGGAUGGAGAAGGAAGAGGCGAAGAUGAUGAUGAUGAUGAUGAUGAUGAGGAGGAGGAGGAGGAGGAGGAUCAAGAGGACGGCGAGGAAGAAGAGGAAGAGUAUGAUGAAGAGGAUCUCGGAGGCAGUGAAGAGGAAGAUGUUGCCAGCGUGAGGGAGCAAGAGUGA